GUGAAUGUGAGUGAGUGAUGAAUAUGAUUGAUUCUGCUCUGAAAAACAAGAAACCAAAAUAAAGGAAUUUUCAUACGAAUUUAUUGAAUUGAAAAUUUAAUAAAUGUCUAUAAAUUGGUUGAGAUUUGUUUCCCCCUCUCUUAAAAAGCCCCCUCUUUUUCAUCUCUGUCACUUGCCUCCUCCUCCUUCUUCUUCUUCUUCAGCUGUGAUUGUGGCAAUGUCUUAUGAUAAAGAACUGGCUGCUGCAAAGAAAGCAGCCUCUCUCGCUGCUCGUCUCUGUCAGAAAGUACAAAAGGCUUUGCUGCAAUCCGAUGUUCAAUCAAAGAAUGAUAAAAGUCCUGUAACUGUUGCUGAUUAUGGCUCACAAGCACUGGUUAGUUUUGUGCUGCAGCAGGAAUUUCCUGAUAACUUCUCAUUAGUUGCUGAGGAGGAUUCUAAAGAUCUUCGCAAGGAUGGUGGCCAGGAAAUAGUAGAGCGCAUUACAAAACUUGUGAACGAUUCUCUAACUAGUGAUGGAUCAUACAAUGUUACUUUAUCCACAGAAGGUGUUCUCAAGGCCAUUGACAAUGGCAGAUCUGAAGGUGGUUCCCAAGGUCGACACUGGGUUUUGGAUCCUAUAGAUGGUACUAAAGGUUUUCUGAGAGGAGAUCAAUAUGCAAUAGCAUUGGCUUUGCUAGAAGGAGGAAAAGUUGUCCUGGGUGUGCUGGCUUGUCCAAAUCUUCCACUAACUUCCCUCAGUGAUGCUGGUCAGCAUUCUCCAAAUAAUAAAGUUGGCUGCCUUUUCUUUGCUGUAGUAGGUGGUGGAACUUAUAUGCAGCCACUUGAUGGUUCUUCGGCAGUAAAGGUGCAAGUAAGUGCUGUUGAAAAUCCUGAAGAAGCAUCAUUCUUUGAGUCUUAUGAAGCAGCACACUCCAUGCAUGAUUUAUCUAGCUUGAUUGCCCAGAAACUCGGCGUCAAAGCACCACCGGUUAGAAUUGAUAGCCAGGCAAAGUAUGGUGCUCUAUCCAGAGGAGAUGGAGCCAUAUAUCUGCGUCUUCCGCACAAAGGGUAUCGAGAAAAAAUAUGGGAUCAUGCUGCUGGGUGUAUUGUUGUGACUGAAGCUGGGGGUGUGGUCACAGAUGCUGCAGGGCAGCCAUUGGAUUUUUCAAAGGGAAAGUAUCUUGAUCUGGACACAGGCAUCAUUGUCACCAACCAGAAGUUGAUGCCAUUACUGUUUAAUGCUGUUAGAAAAUCUAUCCAGGAGAAAGCUUCAUCUUUGUGAUUCAUUUUAGAGGCAGGCUUCAUCCUUUCCUCAUAACUUGCUCUGUUAAGCUCGUUGAAACUUGAUUAUUUUUGCCUUCAAUGCUUGAACUUUUAUCAUUCUUCUCCCCAAUGCUCAUAGGAAGAUUUACAUUUAGCAUGCAUGAACAAGAAUGGGACCAAUAAAUCUCAUCUCUACAAUUAUGACAAUGUAAUUUUAGACUAGGAACUUGAAAGCAUGGUCCUAGGCUUUGAGCCCUUCUCUUUGUCCAACCUGGCAAUUGGGUUUAGGUGUAAUUAAUUAGAUAAAGUAACAGUGUUGUUGAAUACAAACGUAUUACAUUAUUACUGAACUUAUUUCAUGGUAAAACAA